AUGGCACUAAAGCUUCUUUCCUUCAUUAUCAUUGCCGCGUCUUAUCAUCAUGUAAUCGGGAGACCUUUCCUUCAUCCAGUUCCAGCACCUGUGGCGCACAAUCCUCAAUUUUAUACGCCCAGUGUAUUCCAUCACCUUUCUGGAUUAAUCGACUUCAAACACCCUGAGCGGCUUCCUGAUCCAGCUGACUUCAGACCACUAGGGACGCCGAAAGGGGAACUGGAAGUGACGCAAAUGCCUCACGACGUGUUUGAAGCGGGCACUAAACUGGACCAAUUGGCGACUCACGAAUUGGUCUGGCUUAUCAAAGCGGAUCGCACACCUUUAUCCGAAGAUAACAAGGCGGGAUGGGAACAUUACGGCAGGAUUUACGCAGGUCUUAGCAAAGAUGCCCGAAGAGAACUGAGAGAUUACAUAGCAAACGACGUCCUCAGAGUGUCAGUAGAAUCCCGAGUUCGAUUCGAGUGGUCCCUGUGGCGCGCUACCAAGCCGAUGUGGUGGACCAAAAAGCUCACCUUACAGUCGUAUCUGCCGGCUAAUGAAGACAUCUAUCUGAUCAAGAUGGGCGACCUCCUUAAAUUUGGAAAUAAUGACCCGCUAUCCGACAACACCAACACGAAGUUCAAAGAACUGGAUCAUCUUGCUACCGAACUUCUCAAAAAGCAACCACGUCUCCCAGCGAUCAAUAUCGGCUUUUUGGAUGAUCCCGAAUGCAUUGUUAAAGGAAAGAAGGGUUUGUUUAAAAAGAGGCUUACGGAAUUGAGGAAGGGGGCGUCGGGCAAGGUUUCUACAAUGACACCCGAGCAGAAAAAAAAAAUAUUAAAAGUCAUGUACUGGGGCCAUGGAUUCGCACCCCAAGACGCUGAGCAGUUCGCCCUACGAGCUCGAGAGGAACUGGACAACACGGGGAAAUGGGACCAACUUCUCAACGCCGAAGAUUGGUAUGCUUCCAAGAAAAUAAUCAACGGAUUGAAAAAUAAAUUCAUAUCAAUAUUUCAAUCUUUUUUCGGCCGCUCACCUCCACCUCCACCAUUGAAUUGA